UACUCGAUUCAUUUCUGGAUAUUUGAGAAUGAUUUUUCCUUCAAGGAGCCACUUGUAGUGUAAAAAGUGAACAAGGAAAGCCACCUAAUUCAGCCUUGCAUUUACAUGCAAUAAAAAUACAGACAUCAAAAUUUAUAAACAAUCUAAUAAAGCAGUCGCAGAGACAAAUAAUACUGCAGAAGAUAUGCUUUUCUGGUUUAUCUAUUGUGUCAUAAUCACUCAAACAAUAGGCAUUGUUGCAUCUGAAAGUUGCCCAGCAGUAUGUUCAUGUGAGGAAAGUUUCGUCAUCUGUGAGAAUGUGGAUCUCAUUCCAAUGGGUCUGCCAACCACCACUGCAUUCCUCUCACUACCACAGAACAGAAUUAAAACAAUUUCUCAGGAAGAUUUCCAAGGUCUGGCAGAAUCCCUGCAACAACUGGAUCUGAGUGGGGGAGAACUUGAAAAAAUCGCUGCAGGAACAUUUAGCAAUAUGAAAAACCUUGUCACGCUUGAUUUGUCAAAAACUAAUCUCAAAUCAGUAGAUAACGGUGCAUUUUCUGGUCUCGUAAGCCUACAGAAUCUCGAUCUUUCAUCUACGAAACUCAAGAAUCUUCUCGAAUCGCCGUUCCAAGAUCUCAAUUCACUGAAGAUGCUGAAUUUAAAAGAAAACAAGGAACUGACCCAAAUAUCAGCAAGUGCUUUCAAUGGAUUGGAAAGUUUGGAGGAAUUAUUUUUAGGGGGAAGCGAUCGACUGCGUUAUAUUCCAAAGAAAGCAAUGUCAACGCUUCACUCACUCAAUCACUUGGUAUUGGAAGAUUUAUCGCUGAAUAGUCUUACACCAGCCUCGUUUCCAAAGCUGGACACACUUGAACGACUCUGCAUUGAAAAGUGGAAAAAUCUACAAAGAAUUGCUGCAGAUACUUUCAAGCCUUUGACCAACCUGACAGAACUGAUGAUCAAAUCAACCAGUUUGCAAGAGAUUCCGUCCAGUGCUUUGGCUCAGUUGAGGAAACUGAGGAAACUUACAAUGGAUGACAACACCGGGAUCAAAAUACUACAUCGAAAUGAUUUUUUCGGACUCGCCAACCUGCGGGAACUCUCUCUCGUUAAUAUCGGGCUUCAUAAUCUACAAGAAUCGCCAUUUCACUCCAACGAUCAUCUGAAUACGCUCGAUUUGUCGCAAAACGAACUCUCAGCUUUUCCUGCGCAUACAGUAUUCAGUCUUUUCGAGCUUGAGACAUUGAACAUUUCACACAAUCAUCUCACAAUGCUUGGGCCAAUAACGUUCGAAAAUAAUCAACAGCUCCAUCUAGUGGAUGUGAGCAACAAUUCAAUGAUUUGUGACUGCGACCUCUCCUGGCUCAAGCUAUGGCAGCUGGUCAAUAUGAAAGAACACCAACUCAUUGGAGAAUGCGCUUCACCACACACUCAUGCAGGAAUACAGAUAUCAGCCAUUGAACAGAAAUAUUUUGUGUGUAAACCACCAAGGUUCAAAGAGCACAAUGUCACUGUAUCAGUAUCUGUUGGUAAUUCCUUGACAUUAGAUUGCAAGCCUGGGCAAGGGUCGCCAGAUCCAACAAUCACUUGGACUGACGGACAUGGAACCAUGUUGACAAAGUAUGAUGAGAUAGGCAAGGUGGAUCCCCCUCCCCACAUAUGGCAGCUGCAGAACGGUUCACUAUUCUUCAACUCAACACUGGACUCAGACUACGGAACGUUUCGUUGCACGGCAGAAAACAAGGAAGGAAAAUCACUGAAAACAUUCGCACUGACAUAUCCUGGAUUGAGUGAUAUUUUCGGUGAUGCAACUCCAUCUGGUGGAUCGGUGGCCACAGGAAUUCUGGUGACAAUUGGGCUUUUGCUACCAGUAGGUGGCGUACUAUGGUAUAUCAGGAAAAGACGAGAAUACAAAAAUUUAAAUGACAGUGAACGAUGGAAUACAUUAUGAGAUACAUAUGGGAUAAAUAGAAGAGUUUUGAACGAGACUGUCAGACCAUCUAUCGAAGCGAUUGUACAUAUUUCACAUUGGACAAAUAUAAAUAAUAAAGUAUGAACAGAAACAUUGAA